AUGGCAUCCCGUGCUGGACAGAAGCGCGCCGCAACACAGGGCUCUGAACCAUCUUCAUCCUCAAAACACCAGUCCAAAAAGACGCGCUUUGUGGAUCCCUCAGAGGAUCCAGCGAAUUUUGCCGAACAGGUUGAUUCCGCACUCGAGGGACCGUCGCGCAAAGGCAAGGUCAAGACUGAGGGGUACGACUCGGAUUCAACCGACGAUGGCGAGGGUGUCGUGCCCAGUAGGAAGAAAGGCGAUGAUGACGACGAGGUGGACGAUAUGUUUGCUUCCGAACCGAAGGCCAAUGAAGAUACCGCUUCCAAAAAGAAAGAAGAAAAAUAUAUGCGUCUAGCUGAUAUCGAAGGGCAAGAAUUCAAAGAUGAAUCAGGUUCAGAAAAGGAUUCCGAGGACGAUGACGAACCCGAAGACGAAGACGAUGCUGAGAGGCGCAAAAAAGCUGGUAUGGGAUACGAACUUUCCUCGUUCAACAUGCGGGACGAGAUGGAGGAAGGAAAGUUUACAGAAGAUGGGAAUUACGUUCGGACUUUUGAUCCCCAUGGCGUGCACGACCGUUGGAUGGAGGGCUUGGACGAACGCGAAAUCAAGCUGGCCCGUCGCCGGAAAAGAGAGCAAGAAAAGAAACAAAAAGAGCGCAUGCUUGCGGAGGAAAAGGAACUUGAAGAGAGUGGAGGCAAAAGCUCAUUGGAAACACAGCUCUUGAGUCAUUUGAAGAAGGGAGAAACGGUGCUGGAAGCAUUGCAACGCCUUGGGUCUCUGGCUAAAAAGACUCAGUCGAAGAAACCAAAACAUAAAACUGCAGCCGCCAACGCUAUGCAAGUCGACCAAGCAAAGGUUGAUAAACCACAGACACAUAUCCCGACAGACAUUGAAACCAUCACCCAUCUUGCUUCAUCCCUUAUGUCCAUGGGAGAAACGGAUGUGUAUUCGCAAACGUACGAAGAGCUGGUCCGAAGUGUUCGUUCAUCUGGCAAUGUCGAUUCAUCAUGGGAGCCACCCUCUGCCGAUAUCAAAUACGAAUACAAAUGGGCCACACCAGAAGCAGGACAACCAGAUGAAAUAUUUGGUCCCUUUAGUGAAGAAGAAAUAAGAUCAUGGUACAACGCAUCUUAUUUCGGAACAGUGGGAGAAAAGGUCAAAGUUCGACGCGUUGGAGGUACAUGGGGUGAUUGGGAUGAUGUUGUACAAUAA